CUUGACCAAUAACCUAGUUUUUCUAUGGCAAUAACACAAGAUGGCUCACUGUAGCUACAGUAAAUUCUCACAUUUAUUAAAAUUAACAACCGCUAACCUAAAUAAACCAACAGUGUUACGGACAGGGAGAGACAUUCAAUAUGCUCCACAACGCUGCAAAUAUUUCAUACGUUUUCAUAAGACCUCAGGUCCUGAGAGAUCGUUGCAGGAGAGACAGAAGCAGCACAUGGCUCGUGGCUUGCCCAAACAAAAGCCCAUUGCUGGAGUGAAACAAGUUAUUGUGGUGGCCUCAGGGAAGGGGGGUGUUGGGAAAUCAACCACUGCAGUGAAUUUGGCCCUUGGACUCACAGCUAAUGAUCCAAGUAAAACUGUGGGCAUCUUAGACGCUGAUGUUUACGGUCCCUCAAUUCCUAAGCUGAUGAGCCUGAAGGGGAACCCAGAACUAACUGACAACAACCUAAUGAGACCACUUAUGAAUUUUGGGAUUCCUUGUAUGUCCAUGGGGUUUCUGGUAGAGGAUGUUGCACCCAUUGUCUGGAGGGGCCUGAUGGUGAUGUCAGCUAUAGAGAAGCUACUUAGACAGGUGGGAGAGACUGAUCGUUCAUGUACGCUGACCUCCAAAGGCAAAGUAGAUUGGGGACUGCUGGACUACCUGGUUAUUGACAUGCCACCUGGGACUGGAGAUGUUCAGUUAUCAAUCACUCAGAACGUCCCAAUAGCAGGGGCAGUGAUCGUGUCCACUCCUCAGGAUAUUGCCUUGCUGGAUGCACGCAGAGGAGCAGAAAUGUUCAGAAAGGUCAAUGUACCGGUCCUGGGCAUAGUCCAGAAUAUGAGCGUGUUUCAGUGCCCCAAGUGUAACCACCAGACCCACAUCUUUGGGGCAGAUGGAGCAAGGGCCCUUGCUGAUACUCUGGGAGUGCAAGUAUUGGGAGACAUUCCUCUACACCUGAGCAUCAGAGAGAUGUCAGACAGAGGCCAGCCUGUAGUGGUGUCCUCACCUGACAGCCCUGAGGCUGAGGCCUACAGAAAGGUGGCGACUGCCGUGGUCCAGCGUCUAGAAGAACUCUCUGGUUGAGUUAUUGCCCUCUACUGUGUAGGACAACUGGACAACUCGUCAUCUACAGGAGAUUCAGUGCAUUCGGAAAGUAUUCAGACCCCUUGACUUUUUCCACAUUUUGUUAUUCUAAAAUGGAUUAAAUAGUUUUUUUCCCGAAGUUUUUUUCCCGAGAC